GUUUUAAAGACGGGAAGUCCCUCUUUUCACAUUUUUGUUUUUGGUUUUUCCUAUUUCUGUUUUCAAAUUUUUGAGGCCCAAAAUAAAAGGAUUCCUAUAUCAGCGAUUCGCAGCGCUCGCCGUUUCAUUCUCAAAGCGGUCGUGCGCUGUUUCCGUUUCACGGCGUUGGAAGGCAUUUCCCAUCUCCAGCAUAUUGUUUCAUCCUCUCGAAAUUUCGUUGACAUGGAUUUCUGCAAAGUGCACGCUCUUUCUGCGAUCCGAUUCUGGUGUAAAUUUCACAUGCAAACGUGUUCUGAUGUAUUGGCGAAUCUGUUCAGCAUAUUUUUCUUAUGUAAUACGCAUAUAUUUGGGUCAUAUUGACAGAGACUAGAGAAAAGGAGAACUGAAGCCGCUAGUGUGCCCCUGACAUUAUAAAUAAUCGGGUUUCCGUCUUUAAAAAUAUGGUGAUAUUCAAGAAAUUCGAUAUCGUACACGAUUGAUGAAAUUUUAAUCACAAUAUAUUCUGUUCAGUCAUGGGUAGAAGGAAGCAAAUUCGACCACGUCAUGCGGCUGGAAUGGUAGAAAGCAACGGUAAGGCUGAAGGGGAAUUGGAUAACCAGAGCACUUCCCAAUAUCAGUAUGCAUCCAACAAUGAAUCUAAUGUAUCUGAUGCACCAUUAUUUGUUGAAGUUGAUAGAAGAAGUUGGGUUUCAGACGAACACUUUGAUAUUUCUGAAGUUGUUCUGACAAAUUUAAAUACCAGGGAAAGGUUUUUCAAUUAUCAGGCAGAUGGGCACUUUUACCAGGAAUCUAAAUAUUUUUUAAGAUUUCGAUUGUGCAAUGUUAAGCAAAUGGAUCGCAUUCGGUUAGGCCAUUGGCCUGUCCUGCCCGCUAGUAGUAUCUCUUUGGAAUUUAUAGAGAAACGACUGUCAGAUGACAUGGAGACCCAUGACAUGAUUCUCUCAGGGAGCUUUGAUGGAACAGAUGACGGUGUUUCUGGUCUUGUUCAUUUGGUCAGUCUUAAGUUCAUGACAGUGAGGCCCAUUCUGGGAGUUGCUUCAUCGGAGGACAUUUCAUCUUUGAGACUAAGGGUGGAGAUACUUAGGAGUGCUUUUGAUGCUUGUGACUCACUACUGGACAAUACAAGGCAACUUUGGAAAAGGAGCAUGAUGAAUGUCAUGGCUUGGUUGCGUCCAGAAGCUACAACUUCAGAGGCCAUAUAUGGAGUUACUAAAUCAGCAGAUUUGGAACUUGAUUUGCACAUGAGAAAGAAGCAAGGUGCUUCUAUUUCCAGGCAGCAUGCAAGAUUUGAUGCUUGUGGAUUUUAUGAAGCCAUUAAGCCAUCAAAAAGUGAGCAAAUGCUCAUUGAUGACAUACCUGAUUUGCUUCCUGAGCUCAGACCAUAUCAGCGCCGAGCAGCUCAUUGGAUGGUACAACGAGAGAAAGGAGCUUCAGCAAGUUUGGGUGAAAGGGAAAGAAAUCAACACUUGUCUCCACUAUCUGUGGCUGUGGAUUUUAUAGACACAUGUGUGAAAAUGUUCUACAAUCCAUUCAGUGGAAAUGUUUCAUUGCAUCCGGAAUACUCUUCAAUGCAUAUUUUUGGUGGUAUUCUUGCUGAUGAGAUGGGCCUGGGCAAAACUGUAGAAUUGCUUGCUUGUAUCUUUGCUCAUCGAAAGCCGGCAUCUGAAGAGGGCAUUUUUUUUGAUAAUGUGUUGCAAGCUACUGAGGAUCAAAAGGCUAAUUUCAAAAGAUUGAAGAAGGAACGAGUUGAGUGUGUAUGUGGAUCUGUCGCAGAAAGCUCCAGUUAUAAAGGAUUAUGGGUACAGUGUGAUAUUUGUGAUGCUUGGCAGCAUGCAGAUUGUGUUGGUUAUUCACCUACACUGAAAAUUUCGAAGUCCAGAAAGAUUUCCAAUGGGCAAACAUGCAAAAUUAAACCAACAGCAAAUUUAGAAAAGCAAAUGAGAAAGAAAAAUACAACAAACAUAGUUUUGAUGGAUGGUGAACAUAUAUGCCAGCUCUGCUCGGAACUUAUCCAGGCCACUCAUUCUCCGGUUGGUACUGGUGCGACUCUGGUUGUGUGUCCAGCUCCUAUAUUGCUGCAGUGGCAUGCUGAGAUUACUCGGCACAUAAGGCCAGGUUCCUUGACUGUUUGCAUCUAUGAGGGUGUAAGAAACACAUCUCUUUCAAAUGCAUCUGGAAUGGAUAUCAGCGAACUUGUCAGUGCUGACGUUGUAUUAACAACAUAUGAUGUACUAAAGGAGGAUUUAUCACAUGAUUCUGACAGGCAUGAUGGGGAUCGCCGUUUCAUGAGAUUCCAAAAAAGGUAUCCUGUUAUUCCAACUAUUCUCACAAGAAUAUUCUGGUGGAGAAUAUGUUUGGAUGAGGCUCAAAUGGUGGAGAGUAAUGCUGCUGCUGCAACAGAAAUGGCCUUGCGAUUGCAUACUAUGCAUCGUUGGUGUAUCACCGGGACUCCUAUACAACGUGGACUUGGUGACUUGUAUGGACUCCUGAAAUUCCUUAAAGCAACUCCGUUUGAUGUCCAUAGGUGGUGGAAUGAAGUUAUGCGGGAUCCUUAUGAGCGGGGAGAUGCAGCUGCUAUGGAAUUUACACAUAAAUUCUUCAAACAAAUCAUGUGGCGUUCUUCAAAAAUUCAUGUUGCAGAUGAGUUGCAGCUUCCUCCUCAGGAGGAGUGUCUCUCUUGGCUCUUUUUCUCAGCAAUAGAGGAGCACUUUUACGAGAGGCAACAUGAAAAGUGUGUGAGUUUUGCUCGUGAAGUUAUUGAACACUUCAAAGAUGAAAUUUUCAAAAGAAGAGCUCCAGGUUGUCCAUCAUCUGAUACUUCAUCUGACCUUUUUAUCACCCAAACAGAGGCUGCAAAGCUACUGAACUCACUCUUGAAGCUCCGUCAAGCCUGCUGCCAUCCUCAAGUAGGAAGUUCUGGUCUGCGUUCUUUGCAGCAGUCACCCAUGACUAUGGAAGAGAUAUUACAGGUUCUUGUUGGCAAGACCAAGAUAGAAGGGGAGGAAGCUCUUCGGAGGUUAGUUGUUGCCUUGAAUGGGCUUGCAGGGAUUGCUAUAAUUAAUCAAAAUUUUUCUCAGGCAGUAUCACUUUACGAAGAUGCUCUGACUUUUGCUGAAGAGCACUCUGAAGAUUUUCGCUUGGAUCCGUUGCUGAAUCUUCAUAUUCAUCAUAAUCUUGCUGAGAUACUCCCACUGACUUCAGGCCACUCACAACAGAUCCUGUCAAAGGGAGGACAGUUCUCAGAAAUCUGUGAAGGGAAACCCUCAAAGAGAUAUAGUGUUGAAGAAUGUAAUCAAUCCUUGUUGAAGAGGCAAAAAAGGAGCUGUGAAGAUAAUUCAGAUACAACUACAGCUUCUGGGAAGCUUUUUGUUUUUACUUCCAACCAUGCAGCAAAUGGCAUUGUCAGUGAUGGAGAAUGUGGUGCUGGGCAGCAUGUGUUGUCCAGAUUCCCUACUGUUGGAUGUUUGAGAACAGCAUGUGAGAGUAUAAAACGGAAGUACUUAUCUGUUUUUAGUUCAAAGUUGUCUGUGGCUCAGCAAGAGUUUAAAAGAUCUUAUAUGCAGGUUUGCCAUGCCUUAAGUGAUAGAAAAAACUAUCAGACUGUUUGGUGGUUGGAAGCCCUUCAUAAUAUUGAGCAAAUUAAAGACUCCUCAAAUGAGUUGAUUAGAAAGAUUGGAGAUGCUGUCUCAGGGUCUUCGAAUAGUUUGAGACUUCGAAGUAUAAGUGCUCUAAAGUACCAUAUACAGAGUGCUUUGGAUUUAUUGGAAGCUUCUCGGAAAACAUUGAUUGAUCAAAUUUUGGAGAUCGACCAGACAAUGGAGAAUCCAAGGGCGGAAGAUGUAGAACGGGUGAGAUACUGUCCAAAAUGCUAUCAAAAUGGUGAUGGUCCCUUGUGUGUGCACUGUGAACUGGACGAAUUAUUUCAGGUUUAUGAGGCGAGGCUCUUUCGUUCUAGCAAAGCACAUGGAGGAAUGAUUAGUUCUGCUGAGGAGGCAGUGGAUUUACAAAAGAAGAAAUCUGCUCGGAAUCAUUUCUACUGGACUUUGUCACAAUCCAAUAAAAAACCAUCUUCAUCAACAGUUGAGAAUGAAGAAUAUAAAACGAAGAGGGUUGCCAGAGAAGAUGUAGUGGUUUCAAAAUGUCCCUCUGACUUGGAGGUUGUUCUUGGUGUUAUAAAGAGCUAUUCCAAGGCACAAUUAUGUAGAGAUGAUAUAUCUGCUGCUGCCAAUCACCUACUUCUUCUUGAGGCCAUGCGGAAGGAGUAUGCUCAUGCAAGAUCCUUGGGAACUGCUCAAGCUCAAGUGUUGCGUGCUCAUGAUGAAAUUAAGAUGGCGACAUCACGAUUGCGCCUUAGAAAAGACGAGAACGAUGAAUCUAUUGAUGCUUUGAGUGUGGAACAAUUAGUUGUGGAGAGCAUUGAGUUCUCAAAUGAAAAGUUCACCUCCUUGAACUUCUUGUUGCGUAUAAAGGGGCAACUUCGUUAUUUGAAGGGUUUGGUACAAUCUAAACAAAAAGUGCAAUUGGAGAACCCAAAUAGUUUGUCCUUUACUCAAAAUACAGCUACCUCGCUGACUUCUCAGAUAGAAGAGAGAGAUGAAUGCCUUCUUAAAGCCAAUGAGGAGGCUUGCCCAAUUUGUCAGGAAAAGCUCAGCAAUCAGAAGAUGGUUUUUCAAUGUGGGCAUGUUAUUUGCUGUAAAUGUUUAUUUGCAAUGACUGAACGGAGAUUGGUUCAUCAUGGUGGGUUUCAAGACAAAUGGUUAAUGUGCGCAACAUGUAGACAGCAUACAAAAUUUGAAAACAUUGCUUAUGCUGAUGAUAGAGAAAAUAAGUUAUGUAACUCUAAUGUACUGCAUGCGUCUCAGAGUCAUGAGAAAUCUGAAGCUUUAGUAACUGUUCAAGGUUCUUACAGUACAAAGAUUGAAGCAGUCACAAGAAGAAUCCUAUGGAUUAAGUCUAUGGAUCCAAAAGCAAAGAUUCUUGUUUUCUCCAGUUGGAAUGAUGUCCUUGACGUGUUGGAACAUGCAUUGACUACUAACAAUAUCAGCCAUAUCCGCAUGAAAGGGGGCAGGAAAUCACAUAUUGCCAUCAGCCACUUCAGAGGACAGAAAAACUGUGCAGGAGCUAGCAGCAUGCAUGCCUCCUUGCAGGCAGAAUCAAAAUUUUUUCAAGUGUUACUGCUUUUGAUCCAUCAUGGAGCGAAUGGUCUCAAUCUUUUGGAGGCGCAGCAUGUUGUUCUUGUAGAACCACUUCUCAAUCCUGCGGCAGAAGCGCAAGCAAUCAGCAGGGUGCACAGAAUUGGGCAGCAGAAGAAAACACUCAUUCAUCGUUUUGUAGUGAAGAAUACAGUGGAAGAGAGCAUCUACAAAAUGAACAGAAGCAGGAACAGCAAUUCGUUCAUAAGUGGAAACACAAAGAACCAAGAUCAGCCCAUUUUGACAUUAAAAGAUGUGGAAUCCCUAUUCACAGUGGUACCAUCCAUUUUUCCAAAAAGCAAUGAAGAAUCCACUGAAAGCUUGAGGCAUUUGCCGCCUUCUGUUGCUGCUGCUGUGGCUGCUGAAAGAAGACUGAAGAAGUGCGCAGCAUGAUAUUAUAUAUUCGUUAUUCCCAAAACAUAUACUUUUGAUAAUUCAGUUAUUUAAAUUAGCAUGAACAAUAAGAGUACGAGUACAAGAAGGCCAGACCUUGUGCAUGCUAGAUCCAAUCCUAACAGGCACACAUCUAACACAACAUUUUAAUACAAAUUGAUUCUUUGUAGUACUACAAA